CAAAAGAAAAUCUCAUAAAAUAGGUUUAUUUAGUGAGAAGAAAAAGAAGGAAGAUCUGCCAUGAAAAUCUAACCUUCUUGUUCAUGUUAAUAAUAAUAUGGAGCACAACCUUACCGAUAUCUUUUUAUACUCAUUGAAAGAUCCCCUUCGCCCCAUAAAUCCCCUUUGUUUUCUUCCAACGUCCUUGGCGUGAACCAAUCUAAAUGCUUCAAAUCGUUCCCUCUUGUUAAAUACAACCCAACUCUCACAACUUACAAGAACAGAAAGCAUUUUCCUCCUCAGUGGUCCAGCCACCCAAAAUGGGUUUUCUCUUCUACAUUAUUCUCUUUGCUUUCCUUUUCACUCCCGGCACCGUUCAUUCUCGAACUUCCCCUCAGAGCCUCAAAACGACAGCGGUUCUGCUCGACGUCGCGGCUUCGACCCAGAAAACGACAAGCAUUUUCGCGUUGGAGUCGGAAACGACAGGAGUACAGUCGCUGAACCAGAUAGAGAAGGAGAGAGUGAGCUCUUCUUCUUCGAUUUCUCUGCAACUCCAUUCCAGAAUUUCGAUUCGUAAACCCACGCACGGAGACUACAAGUCGUUGACGUUGGCUCGGCUCAAGCGCGACUCAACCCGAGUCAGAUCUCUUACGACUCGGCUGGAUCUGAAACUUGGAGGAAUUUCUCACUCGGAUCUUAAGCCGGCGGAGACCGGAAAGGAAUCGGCGGAGCUGGCGGCCGAGGAAGUGCAGGCCCCGGUGAUAUCGGGAACGAGUCAGGGAAGCGGUGAAUAUUUCUGCCGAAUCGGAAUUGGAAACCCGGCGAGUCAGGUUUACAUGGUGGUCGACACGGGAAGUGACGUCAACUGGGUGCAAUGCGCACCGUGCGCAGACUGCUACGAGCAGACUGACCCAAUCUUCCAACCGUCGGUGUCUUCUUCCUAUUCUCUUCUCUCCUGCGAAACCCAGCAGUGCAAGUCCCUCGACGUGUCCGAAUGUAGGAACGACACGUGUCUAUACGAGGUGUCGUACGGCGACGGGUCUUACACCGUCGGUGACUUUAUUACCGAGACCAUCACCCUCGGCUCGGCUUCCGUCAGCAACGUCGCCAUCGGCUGCGGACACACUAACGAGGGCUUGUUCAUAGGCGCCGCUGGGCUUCUCGGGCUCGGCGGCGGCGCGCUGUCGUUUCCUUCGCAGCUCAAGGCCAAGUCGUUUUCGUACUGUCUCGUGGACCGAGACUCCAGCUCCGCCUCGACUCUCGAGUUCGACGCGGCUUUCCCUCCCAACGCCGUUACGGCGCCGUUGAAAGGCAACCCCGAGCUCGAAACAUUUUACUAUGUCGGAAUGGAGGGCCUAGGCGUCGGCGGGGAAUUGCUUCCCAUUCCGACUUCCUUUUUCCAGGUCGACGCGAACGGUAACGGCGGGAUCAUCGUCGACUCGGGGACGGCCGUCACGCGGCUGCAGACGGACGUUUAUAACGCGCUUCGCGACGCGUUCGUGAAGGGCACGCGCCACUUGCAGUCCACGGACGGUGGGGUGGCGCUCUUCGACACGUGCUACGACCUGUCGUCGCAGACGCGCGUGGAGGUCCCGACGGUGUCGUUUCACUUCGCCGGCGGGAAGUUCUUGUCGUUGCCGGCGGAGAAUUUCCUUAUUCCGAUAGACUCUAACGGGACGUUCUGCUUCGCGUUCGCUCCGACGUCGUCGCCGUUGUCGAUAAUUGGGAAUGUGCAGCAGCAGGGGACACGUGUCGGUUUCGACCUGGUUAAUUCGCUCAUUGGAUUCACGCCCAAUGACUGUUAGGAUUUUCGUGUUUGACCAGUUCGUUAGGUUUCCGGUUGACAGUUUUUGUCGCUGAUGAAAGCAGUGUUUUGCUUUUCUUUUGUUUUUAUUUUCCUUUUUAUUUUUUCCAUAUUUAUUACUGUUUCGUGCAAGUUAGUGGCAAUGAUGGUAAAUUGAAUAUAAGUGUGAGGGUAUUUAAUUCUGCCGGAGGUAGAUGGCUGAAGACCGUGAAUGUGAUCCGCGGAUAUAACAGUCGCUUUUUAUUUUUUAUUUUUAUUUUGAGAAUGGAUAUAACCCCUACUUUACAUGGAGCGAAUGGAAAGGAAAAACAAAAGGCCGUUACUUUA